AUGUCUCCCCAGGUGCUGCUACCGUAUAACUUCCACUAUGCACCUCACCACUUCUCAACGACCCUAGUGAAGGGCUUCCGUCGGGAAAUUAUCCUCCGUCGAACCUACCAGCCUGAUGUUGCGGAGCCUGCAGCUACUCCUGGCAUCGAGGAGUUGUUGUUGGAGAAGGACUGGCACAUUCAUCCUGAGGGGUUCAAGAUUCGCUUCUCGAUGACACUCUCCGCAUCGUGGCAGGUCGUGCCAGUACCAGUAGGGUGCCCGUGGAGGGUAUUCACAAGUCGGAUUUCGCGAGGCCACCACAAGCUGGUCAUCUUGUCGAGGAGGAAUCUUGCUUCGUUCCUCUCUGAACUUCCCAAUCGCCUUCCGUUGUCCUCUUUGUCUCUACCAGGUACCCAUGAUACAAUGGCAUUCUAUGGUUGGCCGGUUUCCCAGUGCCAAACUGUUCCGUUAAGUACACAGCUGAACGGAGGCAUUCGCGUACUCGAUAUUCGGCUCGCCGUCAUCCCUCCGCCGUCCCCGAAGGAGGCUCCACUGACGAAGGACCAACAAUUAAUCGCAUACCACGGAUUAUGGCCCCAACAGACGCCCUUCCUCGCCAUUCUGAACGACGUGCAUACGUUCCUCACCUCGCCCAUUGGUUGCAUGGAGACAAUUAUUAUGUCAAUCAAACAAGAGGACUUCGCAGUUACCCCUACGCCUCUCUUUUCUCAGCUGGUGCGAGAGACGAUAGUCCAGGGUCCAGGUGGAUGGGACGACUCGCAGCUCAGUGAUUCAGGCGUGAAUAGAGGCAUGUGGUUUCUGGAGAAUCGUAUACCGACUUUAGGUGAAGUCAGAGGCAAAGUGGUUAUGCUCAGUCGGUUUGGUGGGAAUGGAGCUGGUUGGGAAGGAGGGUUGGAAGGAUUGGGGAUUCAUCCCACUACCUGGCCCGAUAGUGACCAGGAAGGAUUUGAAUGGGAGUUGAAAGGCACGCGUGUCAGAACACAUGAUUGGUACAAUAUACCUUCUUUUUUCAAGAUUCCGGACAAGGUCGAACGAGCGUCUGCUAAUCUAAUACCACCAGCUGACUCCCCAGGACCUGUACUGCCUGUGACUUUCUUCUCUGCAGCUUCCUUCCCCUUUGCCCUCCCUCCAACCGUGGCCAAGGGCUUCGGCUGGCCGAAGUGGGGUCUUGGUAUUGAAGGGGUGAAUAGCAGACUCGGUAAAUGGCUUUUGGACCAGCUAGGCGGUGAGACUCAGUCUGGGACUGCAAUGACAGAUGUGGAAAAGGGUAAAGUGGCCGCCCUUUCAGAACAAAAGGAGCCAAGGAUUCGUGGCUGGACUUUCUUGGAUUAUUAUUCGGAACCUGAGGGAGGCGAGAUUAUUCCUUUGCUCGUAGAGUGCAACUUCAGAGGACGGAAGGAGGGUGAAGAAGGGUGGUGA